AAUGAUAAAAUGCAACGGCCAUUUUAAGUCUUUUCAAUACUUGCAGCCACAGUACUUUUAACUUUUCAGUACUUUCUAGUGUUACUUUUUCACAUCGGGGCAUCAGACGAUGUUAAAUUUCAUUUGAGCUUGGACUGGCAGCAUUUGGGACUGCCCUCCACACACACACGCACACGCAGUUAAUUCACUGCUGUUCUGCUUCAAAAUUUUAUGAUACAAUGGCAGUCCUGCAAGUCCAGCUUUUGUUAGUUCCCUUCCUCACGAGCACCCUGGGAGCAGCGCAGUACCUGGUGCAGGAUGCAGCGCUGAUGAACUACAUGGACCGGCGUUUCCUCUCCCUGGAGAAGAGGCUGGAAAAAUGCAACCAAGACAUACUGGAUUAUGUGGACGAAUUCCGAGGCUUUUCAAAGAUGGCACUGUCGCGCCUGGCGGGACUGAACUCUUAUAAGGCUGAGGUUAAAAGUGAAGUACAGAAUUUGCUCACAAGAAUUGAACGAGCACAAAGGGACAUUGACUAUUUUGGAUCUGUCACAGAUUCUAACCCAUGCAUAGAAGUGCACGAAGACCUGGUGAAACAGCAGCUACUUGAAGAGGCAGAAGGAAAAAAGAAACUUAAACUCAUGCUUAAUGCAAGUUGUGACCACAUGCUUGCAGGUAUUAAGUCCCUAAAGAUAGUUAAGAAGACUGGAGAUAAGCAUGGCUCUUGGAUGAAAGAUCCUGGCAAAAAGCAUACGAAGAUUUAUUUAUUAAAUGGUUCUGUAAAUAAUGUUAUUUUUGAAUUUGCAAAUAUAAUGACAUUCAUGGAAAACAAUCAGGCACUGAGUGCUCGCAGAGUCACAUUGCCAUUUCCCUGGGAAGGAACUGGCCACGUCAUAUACCGGGGUUUCCUGUUCUAUCAUAGAUACGGCUCCUUAAAUGAGAUUAUUAAAUUCAAUAUGCAGAGCAGAAAAGUAACCGACCAAAUGCUACUGCCAGGGGCUGGAAGGAUUCCUGCCUAUCAGCUUUCCCCACACACAAAAAUAGAUCUUGCCAUUGAUGAGCAAGGGCUCUGGGCAAUCCAUGCAGAGCCAGAGACUGGAGGAAACAUUGUCAUUACUAAAAUCAACCACAUAACCCUGGCAGUGGAGCACACUUGGGACACACCCUGCAGCAGCAAGGAUGCUGAAGCAGCUUUCAUGGCAUGCAACACGCUCUACGUUGUCUACAACUCUCCUAGCGGAGGCACCUCUCGCAUACGAUGUGUUUAUGAUGUUUUGGAUGCUGUAAGCACCUAUGAAAUCCCAGCACUGCAUUUCCCAAGACGUCAGGGGAGCCACUCCACUAUACAUUACAAUCCUAAAGAAAAGCAACUCUUCGCUUGGGGUGAUGGAUCCCAGAUCAUUUACAAGCUUCGCACACAGCAGAAAGUUUAGAAUCUUUAGCAACUUUUCAAAUAGACUUAAAAGCUGCCAGUCCCAUGUCAACAUGACCAUUAAUGUGCACUAAAAUUACAUUAUGCCCAUCCAUUACAACUUUCACCUAUUUCACAUGACUUUAGGCUUAUGUACCCCAGUGAUCUUAAACUAACUCCCCAUUAAUAUAAAUUACAUGAUGACUAAAUGCUACAUGUGGACAACCCAUACACACACAUGCUAGUCCUAAAGAGUAAGGAAUAACAAUCCAUCUCUGACAUGUUCUCUUCCUCUCAAAAUUAUGUAUUCUACUUCAGUGCUGUGGAAAUCAAAUCACAAGUCCUUCCUGUCCAAUACACACUAUCUGACAAUCUCCACCGCUCUGAAGGUCGGUUUAGAAAGCCUUCUGGUAAGCAAUAUAAAAUCACAUGCUUCCAGAGAAAUUAUCCGUAAGUUUUAACUGCAGAGGUUUAUUACAUCACAAAGUAUAAGAGUACAGACCCUCACAAACAUAGUUUAUAUUUAACAUUUAACUCUCAUAUAUCACAUCAAGGUUAUUCUUAAUCAUUGAACUUCUACAGUAUUUCCAUUAUAUUUCCACAUUUUUCUUAUCCAUAUAGCUGUACGGUCCACUUUUGAACCUGACCAUACAUUAGUUGCAGCUAAAUAUUCACUCUUAUCAGCCUCAAGUUGCCACUUUUCAGUAUUUUUUUAGUGCAUAACUGCUUGUGUGACAGAAGGAAUGUUCCUAGAUUAUCCUGUUCUGUAUCAAACACUAUUUUUUUUAAAUGUUCUACAUGUCACUCUUUGUUUCCCUUCUAGUUGUGAGGCAUUUCCCAAUGCUUCAAAUCACUUCCACUGGUCGUAGCAGAAUCUUUCUCAUCCUGUCCUCCAGCUCCAGGAAAAUACCUGUUCAAAAAGGUGGCCCUGAUGAGCACAAUGAUGCAAGAGAGGGCAUGUCAUUGCUCAGUCCUGUGUUAGUGAGUAACAGACAAACUCCAGGUAAAUACAAAUACACUUUUGUUUCAAAAACCAAACUGACUUUUAGUGUGAAAUAUAGGUACUGGCUGUAGUUUUGAGUUGUUGUGGGUUUUUAAUUUUAAUGACAUCUGUAUUUCUGUUUAAUAACAAAUAAGAAAAAAAAAAAAAC